AUUCAUCGUAUAAUCAAGCUGAAAUUUCAGCAUUAAAGAGUAAUAAUUCGAAUGAAUAUUAUGAAAAUAUGGAUAGCGAUAAUAAUAAUAAAGAAAGUGAUAAUUCUAGCAAUGAUAAUGAAGAUAAUUUCUUAAUUUCUUAA